GGUUACCACUCUGCAUCUCCCCUGCAUGUUUCUAAGAGGUUUUUGGCCUGGAGCUGUGGAUUUGCUGUGAAUUAUUAACAGGAGAAGUUCAUUUGUAUGGGGCUGAUGGGCUGAUGGGCGGAGCUCAUUACCCCGUCCUUGUUUUUCUUGGACCGACGUGUGUCACACAGGGGAUUCUGUCACAGAAUGGGACCAGUGCUCUUGUUUCUUGGCCGUCUGUUAACUUUUUGAAAUGUGCCAGGAGCUCUCACAACUGACUUUUUUUCCAUAAGGAGGCAGAGAAUGACGAUGGAAAACUCCGCAGCAAUCAGGCUGCGCUACGACGAGCUGUUUUUUUACGCGGCCUGCGUUUGUAACGGAUGGUGUGCGUUUCUGUGCGUGUGUGUGUGUCUGGACGGCAGAGUGUGUAGGAGAGGCGGUGGCAUGCGUGUGAGCAGCAGCUGGAGGUGGCAGCUCUCCCGGGCCAUGAGACUAGCGCUGUGCUGGUGCCGGCUGUGCCGCCCGCAGAAAGGAGGCCGACGCUGGGGAUUCAAGCCGUGGGUCAGCGGCAGGUCUGUGGAGCUGUGGAGCUACAGCAAGCUGCUGCUCAGGUCACUGUACUUCAACAGCCUCAGCAACGGCGACACGCUGCUGGACUGCGCGUUUGAACCCGUCUACUGGAUUGUGGACAACGUCACCCGCUGGUUCGGAGUGGUGUUUGUCUGUCUAGUCGUACUGCUGACCACCUCGGUUGUGCUCAUCAUCUACCUGUUCGUCCUACCCACAAUCCUCAGAACUUACCCGUUGCCCUUGGUGGUCUGGCACCUCUGCUGUGGCCACUGGCUUCUUCUCAUGGUGGUCUUCCAUUACUACAAGGCCACCACCACCUCCCCCGGACACCCGCCCAAGGGCAAAGUUCAUAUUCCCUCAGUGUCCAUGUGUAAGAAAUGCAUCGCUCCAAAGCCGCCCAGGACGCACCACUGCAGCAUCUGCAACACGUGUGUUUUGAAGAUGGACCACCACUGUCCCUGGUUGAACAACUGUGUGGGCCAUUUCAACCACCGCUACUUCUUAUCCUUCUGCCUAUACAUGACCCUGGGCUGCAUCUACUGCAGCAGCAGCAGCAAGGAACUGUUUCUGGAGGCCUACAGUGCUAUAGAGAGAUACUAUCAGACCCCUCCUCCGCCCGACGCUGUCCAAGAGACCACUGCUUACAAGAGUAUCAUCUUCCUCUGGGUGCUGACCAGCUCGGUGGCGGUGGCUCUCGGAGGACUCACCCUGUGGCACAUCAUCCUCAUCAGCAGAGGAGAGAGCAGCGUGGAGCGCCACAUCAACAAAAAAGAGAUCACAAGACUCCGGGAGAAGGGCAAGGUGUUCAAAAAUCCAUAUCAUCAUGGUACGAUAAACAAUUGGAAGUUACUGUUGGGCGUGGAAAAAAGGAGUCACUGGUUCACACGGGUCCUCCUGCCCUCCAGCCAUCUUCCCAACGGGGACGGCAUCGUGUGGGACUGCACCUUCACCAGAAGGGACCCCAUGGCCAUCUGAUCAAUCCUCAGCCUUUAUUUUUAUUUUUUUUCUCUCUAACCCAUAUGAAAAAUGUGUUACGCUGUCGUGACCAGCUCGGGACGAGGAGGAGAAGCUAACAAUGAUCUGACGAGGAAAAAGAAACUUUGUAGUUAACACAAAUACACACACUGUUUUUGCUGCGUGUUGGUAUUUGCACUGGACAUGGAAAGAACCGCCCAGUGAUUGGUCGUCUCGGGAGCCGUCAUCAUUUCCCAGCGGUCUCCAGUCAUCCUUGCACAGUGGGUCUAAUCGUAGACCUUGCCACCAGCCGACGUCAGCCUGCGGCUGCAGCGCUGUUGACGAGUUAAGAUUUAUAAAUGGUGCUGCUGGCCAGCAUUGUUGGGAAGCCCAAAGCUCUCUCCCACCCAUUUUGUAAAGACAACAAAGACUCUGCGCUUCUCUUGGACUAAAAGCCUUGCACCACCACUACAUCCUCUUUAGACAAGUCAUUUGUAAGGUAAUGGGAUGGAUGGGGGGGGUAGGGUAAUGUGGGAGGCAUUGGAGAACACCAGAGCCUGCAGUUACAGCGUAUUAAAAGGUCCUAUGUGUCGCAUUCUCAUACAUUAAUACAGCGCGCACACAACUGAAUUGUGUGGGUGG